UAACAUGAUCUUUAGCUGAACGACAAACGUCAUUUUUUGAUAACAAAAACUGACCUUGAGCUUCCGAGCUACGAGUCUAAAGAAAUUUGUAAACAAUUAAACAUUACUUAAAAUCUAUUGAAAAGCUCUUUCACUUGAUAAUAACAAUAAUACAAAAUGAACAUGGCUCCAAGUUCAUCUUGGGAAGAUUUAAGAAAGCAAGCAAGACAUCUAGAGAAUGAUAUAGAUGUGAAACUGGUAGCGUUUAGUAAAUUGGGUGUUACAUAUGGCUCAUCAAAUCUAUCUUCCGAGACAGCACCUUUGAUCAACAGUGAUGACAUGUUUGAUACAAUGUCUAUGGAAAUUCAGCAACUUCUAAACAAGUUGUCUGCAAUUAAUGAUUCAAUGGCCGAUCUAGCACCCAGCGGUACUGCUACGAUGCACACUAUAAAGAGGCAUAGAGAGAUUCUGAUGGAUUAUCAACAAGAGUUCUCGCGAACGUCGGCAUUAGUGUGUGCUCGGAGAGAGCGUGAGGAACUGCUGCGUGGGGGUAGCCCACCGCCCGCAGCCGCUGGGCUCAGUCGACGUGACCAGUAUGCUAAAGAGGCUAAUCAUUUGCACAGCUCACACAUCCUAGUUGAUGAACAGAUCAACAUAGCAUUGGAGGCGCGCGAGCAUCUCACCUCGCAGCGGCAGACAUUCAAGCGUAUGCAGACCAGGUUCAAUGAUAUUGCCAACAGGUUUCCAAUGCUGAACAGUCUUAUUUACAGAAUAAACGCCCGCAAACGUCGCGACUCCCUAAUUCUAGGUCUAGUUGUAGCCGUUUGCACAUUCCUAUUACUGUUUUAUGCUUUCCAUUGACUUUGAGUUUUUUUUUCUUGUUUUAAGAAUGCAUAACAAUAUCAUAGUGUAAGUAGGUUUAAUAUUUAAUUAAUUUUAUUUUAUGAAAAAAAAAGUGGCCUCAAAAAAGCCUAUCUUACUCCCGCGUACAUCAUUCCUUUAAAAAUCCCGUCAAAAGUACAUCCUUUUCGGAGAUUACGUGAAACAAACGCGGACUUGCGGACAGACUGAUAAAACCUUUUAAAAUUGGUUUUAUGUUAUAAAGAACGCAAAUAAAUCAAG